CUAAAAAGCUGCGAGUGUCUUCCCCUAUCUCUAUUUCACUUUGGUUCUCCAUUCAUGACUCCGUAUUCCUUGAUGGAGAUGCCCUAAUCGCCGAGAAGCCGCCGCCGCCACUGUAAUUAAGGCAGAGAUUGUUUCCUACUUUAGCGCUAUUACCUUUUUAUGAGUUUCCAUUGUUAUUGGACUCAACCUUAUUUCCUCUUCAAUAGCCCAACAGGGCAAAUAAGCCAGAGAGAAGAAAUGGAAUGCGCUGCCGUGUUCGCCGGACUUCAGGCUACUCCCGGUCUUUGCCACCGUCCCCUCCUCCCCCCUCGAGGCCCUGCUGAGUUUCCGCCUCUUAAUAGAAGGCAAUUUUGCCCUCUCAUUGUCAAGCAGCCGCAUGUUUCUCACUGUAAUAAUACUCUGCGAGUGGCAUCGCCCACGAGCAGCAGUGUUACAAGUGAAUUAGGAGACAUUGAUUGGGACAACCUCGGAUUUGGAUUUGUGCCUACUGAUUACAUGUAUAUCAUGAAAUGUGCUCAAGGCAAAAACUUUACCAAAGGCGAAUUACAGCGUUUUGGGAACAUCGAGUUGAGCCCAUCUGCGGGGAUACUAAAUUAUGGCCAGGGAUUGUUUGAAGGUCUAAAAGCGUACAGAAAAGAUGAUGGAAACAUUUUGCUGUUUCGACCUGAGGAAAAUGCGCUGCGCUUGAAGAUUGGUGCUGAGCGUAUGUGCAUGCCUUCACCAACAGUUGAGCAGUUUCUUGAUGCAGUGAAAGCUACUGUUUUCGCAAACAAGAGAUGGAUUCCACCACCGGGUAAAGGAUCAUUGUACAUUAGACCAUUGCUUAUGGGGAGUGGAGCUGUCCUUGGCCUUGCCCCAGCUCCAGAAUAUACCUUUUUGAUUUAUGUCUCGCCUGUGGGUAACUACUUCAAGGAAGGUUUAGCACCAAUAAAUCUGGUGGUUGAAACUGAAAUGCAUCGUGCAACCCCUGGGGGUACUGGAAGCGUCAAGACUAUAGGAAAUUAUGCUGCAGUCCUGAAGGCACAGAGUGCUGCUAAAGAAAAAGGCUAUUCUGAUGUUCUAUACCUCGACAGUGUUCACAAUAGAUAUCUGGAAGAGGUUUCUUCUUGCAAUGUGUUUGUUGUGAAGGGUAAUACGAUUGUAACUCCAGCAAUAAAAGGGACCAUCCUGCCUGGUAUAACCCGGAAGAGCAUAAUUGAUGUUGCUGUCAGCCAAGGUUUCCAGGUUGAAGAACGAUUCGUGUCAGUAGAUGAACUACUAGAUGCUGAUGAAGUGUUCUGUACUGGUACAGCUGUGGUUGUAUCACCCGUCGGUAGCAUAACCUAUUUAGGGAAAAGGGUGAGUUAUGGUGGCAAUGGCGUUGGUGUGGUCUCACAGCAAUUGUAUUCGGCACUGACUAGACUUCAAAUGGGAAUUGCAGAGGAUAAGAUGGGAUGGGUGGUUCAACUCAAGUAAAACCCUUUUCUUCUCAUUCUAUACUUUAUCAUCAUCAUCAAUAUCUCUUCCUUCUUUAAACAUACGCUAUUAAAUUUGAACUCUGGAGGUCUAUUGUUAGAAGAGUCUGGUGCUCUUUGCAUUGUUACUUUGUGGUUUCGGUUAGUUUAUGGUUCGGGUAGGAUCGGGUCCAUUGUGUGCAAAAAUAAACGGUAUGAAAAUUGCCCCUCUCUGUUUUUCUCAUCAAAAAAUGACAAAGUGUUAU